UCUGGUGCACAUGGGUGCACAUCACUGAGCAGAAUAUUUCGAUGCAACUAUGCAAGUUCUAUGCAUGAACGAAUAGGCGGAAUAGCGAAUUUAGCUCAAUGGUUCUGGUUUCAAUCCAAUGGCAAUGCAAGCACAUUAAUGCAAUUGUGAAUAAUAAAAAAAUGGGCAUUAAAAAUUUAUUUCCCUAUUUAAAACAAUAUUCUAAAGACGCAAAUCUCUCUGAUUUCGCUGGUAAAACAGCAGCGGUUGAUGCUUCAUGUUGGAUUCAUCGAGCACUAGCAGUUUCUGUCUCUGAAAGUGGAAAUCGACAGAGGUAACUAUCUUCGUGUUGUAAAUAGUCUGUUGUCGACUAGAUAGUAUUUUUCGAAAGCAUUUACAGUUGGUGAAAGGAGCUGGAGUUUUUCCGUUUGUCGUUUUCGAUGGCUUGCCACUACCUGCCAAAGCGAACGAAACAGCGAGAAGGCAAAGAAUGAAAGAAAAUGCUUUAGCAAAAGCAAAUGAAGCAGCCAGCUUGGAAGAACAUAACAAAUUUCUUAGCCAGGGGAUUUCUGUUUCAUUUGAUGAUAUUUCAUCGUGCAUAGAGAUAUGUGUAAAAGAGAAUAUUCAGUACAUUGUAUCCGCCUAUGAAUCUGAUGCUCAGAUAGCGUAUCUUAUAAAACAUGGUCAUGCCGAUUUUGCUAUUACUGAGGACUCAGAUCUACUUACCUAUGGUUGCAAAGAGAUAUUUGUUAAAGUCAAGUUAAGUGGUACUGGAAAUUAUUUUGUCCUCUCAGAAAUUUUAGAUGGUUUGAAAUUAUCUUUCAAACAAUUUCAAGAAUUGUGCAUCACAGCUGGGUGUGAUUAUCUUGAUAAUGUGAAAGGAAUUGGAAUUCACAGGGCAUAUCCUUUGGUUUGUGGAAAUCAUCUAUUUGAAGAUCUGGCUAAGAAGGGGGCACCAAAAGAUUAUGAAGAGCAAUUUGUCAAAGCUUUUGCUGUUUUUAAUCAUCAGACAGUUUUUAGCAUUGACAGAAUAAAAUGUGUGCCUCUGAAUAAGUGGAAUCAGGAUAUAAGUAUUCUCUUGCUUGGGAAUUGGUGAAGACUUAAACACAGGCGAUGUAGAGAAGAUAUCAUCAACUGUGGUUGUACUUUUAGGAGUUGCUGACUUGUGUUCUGUGUUGUAGCACCCAAAAGUGUUGGACAUAUAGUCAAUGUUUAAGGACUCCUCUGCCUCAGACAAUGUUUUGUACCUUUUCGCCAGGUGCUUAGUUACUCUUGUUCGACAUGAUCCACCUGGGAAAAAAGGAACAUUGUUGAAAAGUUAAUUGCAUUACAUUUAACAUUAUCACUUAUUACAUACUGUAAGUUAUAAUAUCUUUUUAAUUUAAUUUUAUUUCAAAUAACUUAACACAAAUUAUAAAACAACAAGUAUAACACAAAUUAUAUAUUACAAUGUAUACACAUAGAUGUGGUACUGUAUGUUGUGAUCAAAAUAUGAAAAAAG